AAAAUAUGGAGCUCUGCUUCCGGUAAGAACAGUAAGCUGCAAGUAGAAUUUGCGAGCGUAUGUUUGGUUGUUAUAAGAUGACAGCCAUUACUAUUUCACCGGCUGCACAGGGAAUUAUUCAAGUUGUAAAUGAAAGUAAUUUAUGUAAAAUUGAAAGCUUCCUCAAUGACACGGCAUAUAGAGAAGCCAUUGAAAAUUCCUCAAACUAUAAUAGCCGAUUAUGCAGAGAACGACGUUUACGUAUGCCUUUCCUCGAUUCUCAAACAGGUGUAGCACAAAAUCAUUCUGCAUUAUUUAUGUCUUCAAGAGAAAGGUUACCUGGUUUAUUACAUGGUCAAAUAUACACAUAUCCUAGUAAAAGAUGGAGGAAAAAACGGCGACAAUAUUUAAUGCAUUAUUUGCAUCCAAAAAGAGGACCAAGAGGAGAUACUGAAGAUGGCAAUGAAGGUGUAGAGACUGUUACACAUGUAAAUGAUGAUAGUAAAGAUUCAGUGGCUCUCAAAGAUGAACAUAGUAAAGAUGCAUGGUACUAUGAUGAACAAGAUAUGUUAGAUAUGGAUACAUAUGAAGAACCUGAUGCUGAAAGUGAUUAUGAUUAUGAAGAAAGUUAUAGCAGUAAAAGAAAAAGAAGAAAACCACGUGGAGGUGGUCAUCAUCCUGCACGAAAUCAUCCCUCUUCCACAGAUAGCCCUGGGGGUAAACGUACUAAGGGUGGGGGACGCGGGCGCAAAAAAACCAACUAUGAUGCUGUUGACACUGAUAAGCCAUUCGUUUGUGACCUAUGCAGCGCACGGUAUAAAACCAGACCUGGUCUGGUCUACCAUUACGGUCAUUCCCACUCUACUUCCUCCGGUGAUCCUGCUAAGGAACUAAGUCCCAGUCCUGCCGAAGUUGAACCUAGGAGCGUUGCAGACACCGCUGCUUCGAACCAGCCAGGUGGUACACGUCGGGGUCGUCAGAAUGCUACUUCGUCGAGUACGUCGAGUCCCUCUCCCGCAGCGCCCUCUGCGACCGCUGCGGGAGCAUCGGUGCAGCCACAGCCGCAAUCGCAACCUGCGCAGCCUCCGUCGCAGCAGUCGCAGCAGCAACAACAACAGCAACCGUCGCAACAGUCGCAGCAACCGUCGCAGCAGCAGCAAUUGCCCGCGGUACCGCCGACGGUAGCACCGGCUUCACCUACGAUACCGGUCGUGAAGGAAGAACAUCUACCGGCUGUGCCUUCUCCAGGGACGGCAGUCCCCUCGCCUUCUUCCGUGAGAGCGGAGGGCCCACCGACGCCAGGGACGAAUGAAAAAAAAGCUGGAAAGUCCGCGCAACCGUCCCCGUACUGCGACUUCUGUUUGGGCGAUGCUAGGGAAAAUAAAAAGACCGGCGGUUCCGAGGAGUUGGUCUCUUGCAGUGAUUGCGGUCGCUCAGGGCAUCCGACUUGUUUGCAAUUCACAGCGAACAUGAUCGUUUCUGUUCGCAAGUACAGGUGGCAGUGUAUCGAAUGCAAAUGCUGUUCCAUUUGUGGCACUUCUGACAACGAUGAUCAGCUGCUGUUCUGUGACGACUGUGAUCGUGGAUACCACAUGUAUUGUCUGUCUCCACCUCUUGCAUCUCCUCCCGAGGGCUCCUGGUCUUGCCGUCUGUGCAUAGCAGAGUUUCAUCGCCGUGAUUGAGAAUCUUUUAUCUCGUAGAUAAGUGAUGAAUUUUAUCUAUUUGCUGUGGUGCAGUGGCCAUUUUUGAAUUAGGAGAGUAUUCAUAAGUACAUUUCCCCUUUUUAUAGUAUUAUGAUAAACGCAGAUGUACUUUCAAUAUUUGAAGACUUCUGUUUUUCUUUUUUUGAUUUUUAUAAGAAAAUCUAUUAACAAUGUUGGCAGCAUUAAUAUUCCUUUUUUUCUUUAUUUGAUUUAAGCUCUAUUAAAUAAGAUAAAAUAUUAUGAAAUAUUUGUAGUAUAUACGCUAUGUUAGAUUAUCUCAGGCACUGGUGAUCUCAGAAAAUUAAAAGUAUGGUAAUUAUGUAUUUAUAAUUUUAAUGAGCUAGCGUUUAUCAAUAGAUGUACGAAAAUAUAAGGGUUGGCUUAAUGUUUUUAUGAAAACGGACUAACAGUCACUUUAAGCUCAUCAUUAAAGUUAGUGGGAUUAAUGGAAUAAUCUUGGUCAAGGACUUUAAUAAAGAUUGUCGAACAAUGUCAUAUUUUAUAAUUGAAACAAAAGAAUUUUUAUAUUUUCGAUUGAUUUUAGAAAGACGUAUUUAUGAAGACUAUUAUUAUUAUAGAAAUUAGUUUGACAAUUGUGAAAAUCGACAAAUACUCUCCUAGUUCUCCGGGCCAAUUUAUUUUUAGCCAUUGACAUUCGAAGUUCGGUUGCUUUUAGGAUUUCAAAACUGCUUACACAUAUUUCAAACGAUUUUGGAGAUCUCAAAUUUUAAUAAUCUCUUUAGCUCCUUGCUAUCAAACUUGGUCCAAUCCAAGAUUUAUGAAAGAUGCAAAAAUAAGAAAAAAAAAUUGAUAUUCUAGAAAAAACAUGAUAUUGAUAACAUCUGUUUCAUAAAUAGUGAUGAAUAGGACUAUCUGUUUAUCUGUAUGUAUCAUGAUACUAAAGCUUUUACAUUUAAUGACACAGCCAUUAGUAGCAGUAUAAUUAUGACAUACAAACUUGCAGUACAGCAGAAAAUUAUAUUCUAUAUGCCCUUUAUUGUUUUAGCUCAGUAUUUUUAUAUUUUAUAUAUUGAAUGUACUUAAUUUAAGAUACCAUGGUGAUAUUUGGUACUCAUUGAUGUAAUUUUUUUUUUAUUUAGUAAUUUUAAGGUCGCUUAACGACAUGGAAUUGUGUAUUAGAUGUCAUAAAAAUUAAUCUAUAAAGAUUUUUGAGUUUAAACCAAUUACUGGUGAAUUUACAUUUUAUAUUGCUUAUUUUUAACACUGUAUGCAAAUUUAAAUAAAUAUUAGUAUACAACUGAA